ACAGCUGAGUUUUCUUUACCUCGCUGCAGCUCACCUGUAUAGGUGCACCUGUCUGUUACUUUCUGUACAGUAAUCCAGAAAACAUAACCAGGAAGAAAACAUUUUCAGGAGUCGCAUGACGUUGACGUCAUGUGGAAUGCGGACUACUUAUGCAUUGUCAGAAAUGAGUGACCUGAAAACAAAUUGAGAGGCACCAGAAAAUGCUCCGUUUUCUCUGCUGUUGCUGCUUCUCGAGUGAAAACUCCGGGAACGAGAGGCAGCCUCUCCUGCACCCCGGACCAUCUGACCUGAAUGGAGGUGGAUCAGCCAGGCAGACCCAGCCAGCACACAGAGAUGUACAGACCGUGAAGCGUAUCGGCAGGCUGGUGAUGAGGCGAGUGGGUGUGCCAGAGUUGGACCAGAGGUUUUCUGACAUGGCAGAGACCUUCAACGAACAGCAGGAGUGCUAUGAGGCCAUGGUCCGACACAUCAGCAACCUGCGACAGAGCUAUAGGUGUAACCACAAUGAUACCCUGGCUUUAGCCGAAUGUAUUGGGAAGAUCAGAGAGGAGCAUGAGGCCAAGUACAGCGUCUCUCUUAAGAUAAAGGGCUAUGACUUCUCCCUCAAUGUGGUUCCUGUGGGGUCAGAGUGGGAAAGUGAGGAGGAACCACUGCCUCCGCAUCUGAGAUUGGCUCAGGAUGAACUGAAGGGCACUUCUGAGAGCGCUAAGGCCACCAUCUCAAAGAAUACCACGCUUCAAGAGCUGAUUGGCUGGCUGCUCCGUAUGAAGGGUCAAAUGGCUGAGCAAGUGAAGGGGAAUGCAGCAUCUUACCAGGAGCAAGGAAGACUGAAUGAGAACCUGGAGGAGAACAUGAAGGAAGUGAAGAGGGCAAAGGAGUUGUCGCUGGGAUACAAACAACGGGCCGGGGAAGUCCUCACUAAGGCUGCACAGAUAGCAGGGGCUUAUCUGUAGUUUAUGCACAUUUUAGAUACUUUAUUUGAAUCCACCAAUUACAGUACAAGUAUACAGGAUUAAAAUAUUUACAGAGGUUAUGCACACUUUUCAACAAUUAUGGAUAGAGAAAACACUGCCUCACUGCUAUUGGUAAACUUGCCAAUCGCAACCUAGUAACCUAGUGUUCAUAUCUGGCUUUUAAAUGUUUUAUUAUAAUUUUAAUAAAUAUAGCAGAGACUCACUCUAACACUUAAUAUACAUUGUCUGUGUAAAGGCUUACAGUAUUUUCCUGGAUGGGUGUAAUUGUACCAGCUAACAUUAGGGGGCAUGGCAGGAUCACUUAACUAUUCUAACAGUUGCUCUUCAAUUCAUAUUCAUCAGAUUUAGUCUGUUUCUCAGAAAUUCUACUACAUGGAUAAAGAUUCCCUAAGUCCCAGAAUAAGGUACCAAAAUAAUAAAUGUAAGAAAAGUUGUUCUUAGGCUUGCCAAAUGCAGUAUUCUGGUUGUGAACUGCACUGGAUAAUACAUUUCUUCUAUAAUGCAAUAGAGGACAGGACAGGACAUAGUCUCCUAUAGCAACAAUGGGAAUUGGACCGGAGGUUUGUUGUGAUUGUGUUUUGUUAUUGUACAAUUCAGAGGGAGAUUUUCUGCUUAUUAUCCACAGAAACCCAUGCAUUUAUUAACUGAUUAAAACUGCAGUUUUUUAUCUGCUAUCAAUGUGAAAGCAAACAAACACAUGGUCAUAUGCCAUCUUGAUAAUUAAUUUUGGAAAAUCCAUUGUUCCAGAGGUCAUUGUCAAGUGGUCAUGCAUUAUUUAUCCGUGGGAAACAGUUUUAGAGUACUGCUUUCACCUUAAGCUUUACAGAUUAAUUUGGCAUGAAGUGUGCAGGAUGUAGUGGGUAAAACCUGAGAACGAGUUGUUAAUCUCUAAAUAAAAAAGUUUGGGAAAUAAAACAAGUACAUUGCUAAAAAAAAAUUGUUUAUAUAGGAAACCUAUAUUAUAUAUUAAUUAUGCCCUCCAUGACUGAUUCGAUCCCGUGUUAGUGCGACAAAAUGGUUAAAAACGUAACUGAUUAUGUUCAUAAUUAAAAUGUGAAUAUAUUUUAAUUAAACGAAUCAAAGGAAA